AUGGACAAAUAUAUUGCUGCUGUACAUCUCCUUGUAAAUUUGUCACAUGAAUUGGUGGUUAGAUCAAGAACUGAGAGAGAAAUUGAUCGAAGACAGAGUAUGUUAGACCAGCUGAUUACCAAAGAGAAACAGAUGACUGCAGCCUUUCAACAAGAGGCUGGUCAGAGUGAUUAUGGAAGGAGCUCGUUACUGGCAACUGAUCUUAGGGGGCGAGACACCAAUCCAUUUGAUGAACCUGAACCUGAUAGCAAUGUGUCAAUUGAUGAUAUGAGGAGACAACAACAACAAAUUAUUGCAGAACAAGACCAAGGAUUAGAAGCCUUGUCAGGAAUCAUUCAGAGGCAGAAAUUAAUGGGACAAGCUAUCUCUGAUGAAGUAGACUUACAAAAUGAUAUCAUUGAUGACAUUGACGCCCGCAUGGAUCAAACCAACCAGCGCCUUAUCCGAGAGACAACCCAUGUGCGGAAAGUGACGGCAAAAUCUUCAACUUGUGGAAUGCUGGUGGUUAUAGUCCUGUUAAUUAUUGCUAUUAUUGUUGUGGCAGUUGUUCCAACUCACUGAUUAUCUGUGUCUUUCCAAAUAAUUGAUGUUUAUUCAUUUGAAUUAAUUUGAAAAUGGAAAGAACCUUUCUUCCCUUGUCCUCCCCC